UGUAUAAUUAACUAUAUAUAUAUGUGAAACUCUUCACUUGUGCACCUAUAUUUUACUUUUACUAUUUAUAUCACUUCUUCAAUCAUUGAUUAGUAGCUUCUAUAUAUAUAUUAACUCACAGUUUACUUCUUCCCUUCCUCUAGCUGGUUUUUAUUAUAUAAUAUUAUAAAUAGCUAUAUAUAUAAUGACUCAUAUACAUCUAUAUGUAUAGAUGGAGUUAUGUGAAAAAUAUGGGCUAAUUAGGGUAGAUGUUGGCAUGGUUCAAUCAAAUCAAAGCUCUCAUCUUAAUUGAUCAUCAUAUAUGAGUUCUUUUAUCUGAUUGAGCCGUGCCAAUAUCUAUUUACGCCCACCAAAUUUUUAUCACUUAAUUUUUACUUAUGAAUGAAAAACGUUUUUUUCUUUUUUCACAUGAGACAAAAGUCUCCUUAAAAAUUUAGACAAUAAAACUAUGAUAAAAGUUUGUAUUCAUGUAUUAUGUAAAUUUUUUAAGGAUUUUUACGUCAUAUAUUGAAAUUUUUUCUUUUUUUCUUUUUUACUGUGGGGUAAAAUUCUUUUAAAAAAUAUUGUGUAUUUUUUAUACUGUGUACUGUGUUAAAUUUUUACUUUUGUUCUACGGUUAUUUUUUAGUUGGUCCACUGUUAUUUUUAAUUGUUCCGUUUUGUUGUUUUAUAAAAGAUAGUAUUUCUGUAAAAAAAAUUCGUGUGGCAGUAAAAUUAUAAACUUUUGCUCAAAAUCAAUAUUUUUGUAAAUUUCCCAACUUUUUAAUAGGUCCAAGUCCAACAAAAAUAAUUGGGCUUUGUAAUAAGAGGAGAAGGGCCCAUAAUAACUGCGAAACGAUGGGCCUAAGGCCCAUAGACGAGGAGUUGAUUGGAGAAUUGUCUGAAAAUCAGAGUCAUCGUCUCCGAUUCUGAAAAAGGAAAAGCUCUGUAAAACCCUCGAAUAAGAGAUUAGGGUUGUUUGUAUUGUUGAAAUUGAGAAGCAAGGAGUUGGAUUCAAUGGCUUUGACCAACUUUAUCCUAACCGUGGCUGGUGUUAGCGCCGUCGUGCUUCUUCUCAGGUCCGAUGUAAAGCAGUCCGCCUCCAUCUUCAGGCGAAACGUUAAGCAAAUAAGAAAUUGGCUUGAAGAAGAGUCCGCCUCUGCUACCAAGGCUGCAGAGAAAAGGGUUCCUAAGGAACUAGAAUCAAAGGCUUCAAAAGAAGAUAUUCCCAAAAGAGACAAGCACUAGUGUCCAUAUUGUUCUGGUGGUGCUUAAUCAUUCACUCAUUUUCUUUUUCUUUCCUUUUUUAUUUUCCUUUUCUGGUUUGUUCGAAUAGUCACCACUUCUUUUCCCUUUCAAAUACAGAUAUGUAACUAUCUAAUAAAUUGAUAUUUAAUUUUGUUAAACAAUAUUAUCUUCAACUUUUGUUACUAGCAUAUUUCUGUAAUUGGAAUUUUGGGUGGACAAAUCAUGUCUAUUUUGGCCACAAAUAUGGCCACUUUUGAUGAUUAUGGAUUAAUCACUAUUGUAUUCAAA